AUGGCCCUGUCUGACCCCAACCGCUCAGACCUUAGAAACGGCUCCGGCUCUCCACCGCAACAAACUUCUGAUCAAGCCUCUGUGCCUCCCACGCAACCCCAUUUCAUCCCCGAUGUCGCAGAGUCUCCGCGUACUUCUGAGAAGUCGAGCGGCAAUGGUCGUCCCCAAAAUCAGCCCAAUGGAGGUCCUGUCCAACCAACUUGGCCUGUUCAGCCGCCUACUGCACCACGCUCAAUGAGGUCCAAAAUCACCCCCCCGCCCCCGAGGAGAGCAGACACAUACAGACCUCCUGAGCGUCGCUUUCAGCACGAUCUUUACAGGCCUUCUUCGCAUCGUUACGGCGAUGAAGCAUUCUAUGAAAGCAGGGCCAGCGCCUCGGAUUGCUACAGACCACCAGCUCCCCGAUAUACUGAUGAUUUCCGCGAGGGUCAAAGAGUGAGCACAGGCCGGGAAGCCAGAAGAGAGUCAGGGCAAGAGUGGACCGACGAUAUGAGGCUAGAGUCGGGUCCUCCUCGACAGAAUGGCUGCGACUCAGAGAGUGGAAAAGGCAACGGACCAAGAGCCGAGAAAAAUAAAACUGUCCCUGCAAAUGGCAGUGGUAUUCCUGAUGAUGGUGGACGUGAAAAUCAACGUCAAGAUGGAAGCCUUCUGCGCUUGGCGUCGUGUGGCGAUCCCGGCACUGGAGACUGGACGCAGAACGCCGCCAAUGCUUCGUCCCAUACAGCGCCUCGAUUGCCCAACUCUCCUCCUCUUCCUGUCAUCUCUGCCGCCGCCGAUCAUGGAGUUCUGGACACGAUUGAGAAACAAUCUGUGGUAGAACCACCGGAUGACACCCCGUUCCUCAAAGCGCACCGAGAUAUGAUCAAUUUCUGCGCAUCGCGACUAUCGAAUGAAGAAACCGCUUCAACCUCAUCGACGACCACGUCCCGAAGUCGGAACUUUUGCAGGGCUUGUGGCGUGUCUGGAAACCACGUGACACCUCUGGUCCCCUGCAGCAGGUGCCGAAAAGGCUACCAUGACCGUUGCGGUAAUCCAAAACCGCAGCAGAGUCCGAACCUCGACGACUUCGUUUGUGGCCAAUGCUUACGAAAACAAGAACGCGAAAGAGCUGAGAGAGACCAUUCGAGGCGAAACAGCCUUGAUCGAUAUUCUCCAAUGGAUACUCCCAAUCCUCCCAAGGAACCAUCUAAUCAGGAUCACAGUGACGGCAACAACAAGGGCACCAUCACUGAGGAUACCCAUUCACUUCGUCCGCAAUCUUCGAAUUUGACCAUGGAUCACCAACCAGAGGCCUCAAACAGGAUGGUUCCAGAAGAAAUGGCGGCUCAGGGAACGUUGUACAAGCACAUUACAUGCCCGUUUUGGAAGCAUGACGGUUGCUACCUCUUUGAAGGUCACUGCUUGUAUGCCCAUAAAGAGACGGGUCGAGAUGCCCCGUAUGGAAAUCAACCGGCAAAGGACUUCACAUGCUCAAGAUGGAGGAAUGGGACUUGUUUGAGAAAUCCAAACGAUUGUCUCUAUGCGCACAAAGACACCGGACUCUACCUCGGCCCCGAUUGUCAUCCGUCUCGCAAACAUAUCACCUGCUACUACUGGAAGUUCCAUGCUCAGUGCAACAAGCGUGACGAAGAUUGCCCCUUUGCACACCAUCCCACGGGAACAGUCGCUUUCCAACCCCUUAAAGAAUCGAUAUCAAUCCCAGGCAACAACUCGCUAAGGGAAUACAUUUGUCCUCGAUGGCAAGCCUCGUACAAGUGCCAGUUUCACAAGCACGGAUGUCCCUACAUGCAUUCGUUUGGCGGGAAAUCCUGUUUCAGCCUCAACAAUCUAUCCGAGGCGCGUCAAGCCCGGGAGUCGCAGUCCGGGACCUUUAGUACCCACUCACUUUCUGCGGGGUCCAUUCCGAAUCAAUCAGCAAUUCCGCCUUGGGUUCAGAGUACGCAACACACACCCAUUUUGGUCGCCCAAGCGCGCACUGCAGUAAAUGAAGACCUGCACGCAGCUGUCAACAAGCCAGAACAAUCGAUCCUUCCAACAGCCAAGUCAGCUACCAACUCUCCAUUCUGGUCGGGAGUUCCCGCCUCAUCACUCCCGACUGGCCCGGAAGAGCAACCCCCCAAACCCAUCAAGCACAUGGCCCGAAGAAGUGCAAUCUCAUUCGACCCCCGGAAGAACAGAAAGCAGCCAAGGGCAGAAAAUCCGGCCUCGACCCAUUCUACGCAGGACGAAUGCCCUCCUUCUCUGCAUACAGAGUCCCAGUCUUCUUCUAGUGGCGUCGCAUCAGAUACAAAUGCUUCGAAUGGAGAGACUUCUGAAACUACCGCCGUGACAGGUGCAAGAAAGCAUUGCGAUGUCUGUCAUAAGGCCAUUCUUGGAUCUAGUUCUCGCUGUGUCAAAUGCUCAACGCCGGAGGAAAAGCGAGCUGCGGCAGACUCGGGUUGUUCUGCUUCCGCGGCUGACGCCAAUGUCAUCGAUGAUGACCUUUUUUUCAUUGCGUCACAAUCUAAGAAGCAAACUCAAGAUUCCCAAGAUCAAACAAGCUCUGCGACACUCCAGCAAUACUUGGUCGCGAACACACUGAAGAGGACCGCCCCAGAGGAUAGAUUGUUCGUCCCCAAAAAGAGGCCCAAAGUCGCACAACUAUCACUGGAUCAGGCAGCACACUCUUUGCGUCAACCGAUUCAGAAAGAAAGCGUGACGAUCAACAGGGAAGCUAAUCAGGUGCAGAAAAAGGCCUCACUAGAGGAAUUAACGAGGCUUGCCCGGCUUGAGAUAAAGACGACCCGAGAAAGGUUCUCGACGUCAGCGUCAAAGACAACGCAAGCUGUACUGCAGGAUAGUCGUGUCAAACAUUCUAACGUUCAGGCCUCGGGCUUCCAGGAUCCCGAUUCACCUCAUCAGCGUGAGGGACGUUUGGCAAUAUCCACCGAAAGUCUUCCAGGACGCGAUAGGAGUGUCUCCAAUAGUCUUUCUGCCUUCAGCGGUCUCGCUCUCUCCGGGCUCCUCUCUACCUCCAAUGGCCCUUCUACUUCUAGAGGUAUUUCUAACUCCAAUGGUCUCCUUCAGCCAGCUUAUGAAGUUGAAGCUGAGACACCAGUCAUAUUGUAUCCUGCUGAUACCGAAUCUUCAAGUGUGGGUGACAAAAAUGGCGCAACACCCACCGAACAAGUAUCCCAUCGUCUUGUUGCAGAAAGUGACUUCACAGAAGAAGAGGAGACUCUCUUUAGAGACGCUUACGCUCGGAACCCUAAGAGCUGGACGAAGAUUGCGGAAUGUCUACCAGGACGAACCCAACACGACUGCAUCAGACACUACCACUCUACGAGACUUCGCGCCAACUACGAAUGGGUGGCUGGCGGUCAUCCACUUCAAGACAAGCAAUGGACAUUCAUCGACGAAAGUACUGCGAAGAAUCGCACGCCGGUUUCCAAGAAAUUCGUCCGGGAAAACGGCGACAAACACCCAGAGAAGGAACCAGCACCCCUAUCCAACAACGUUGUUCAGGCGGGAAGCCUUGUUCCUGUGGAUUCUGUCCGUUCUCCUCAUUCGAAAAUCUCUCCUAUGCCACCUGAGUUGUGCAUCAGCAUGGCCUCACAUCGGGAAGAAGAUGUGCUGCUUGACACUAUCUUCGAUCGCGCAGACGACGUGAUGUUUGACAAUGACUCCGAUCGAGAAGGUGAUUUGAUGCUUGAAAAGUCCUCCAACAUUCCUGUUGAGGAGGUGCAAGAAGAUGUACCAAAUCCAACUCGGUUGUCACCGUUCGGUCAGGCCACAAUGACGCCGGGUCCCUCUCGAUUCGCGGUAGAGACUGAGGACGAUAAUGACGUACGGCUGGCUCAACGUAGAAGGAUCGAAUCAACUAAGCAAGGUAGACGACAAGUGACAUUGUUGUCACCGCCAGUCCAGCGGACCGAGGGCCAUACCAAAUCUCCAAAGCAACCGAGAAAGUCUGGUCAAAUGGAUUUGCCGAAUUCUGAAGCACCAAAUUCUUUGACCACAAUCGAGAUGGAGCAGCCUGUGUGGAGCAAGGAUGAUGAACAACGCGCCAUGGCGAAAUUACGAGCUCGAGGUGUCCGGUUCGAGUCCGAUUCUGAAUCGGAAGAAGACGUGGAUGACGACUUGAACUGGUUUGCGCCUCAAAGACCUAUCGACCCGCUCUGGCAACCACCACAGAAAUCAUCCAACCUUUUUGAUAUCGAUCCCAAACUUGAUCUCAGGGAUAGUGACAAUCUUGUGGCAGCUCUCCAGCUUUUGCAGCCACGACAAAAGAAUGCGCCUUCCAAAAAGCAGAUGGUCGGAAAUCUGCUGAAAUAUCAAUGCCGAGAUCACCGACGAAAGUUUGGCAACCCUCAUCAGGAAGUGGAGCGCCACAUUGAGGGGGUGGAAGUGACAGUUGUUGUGCAAUGUCAAACCAGGCCAGCGACACCGGAUCCUUUCGCUGUAGACAGAUUCGAAAAGAAAAAGGUGACCACGACUUUCCAAGAAUUCAUUGGUGUUCCCGAGGAGCCAAUCAUCGACUUGGGAAGAAAUAAAGAUGAGCUGGUUUUUAGAGAAGGGAAAACCGAUCGAGUCAAGAAUCCUCGUCGACCCUCGAGACCAAGGAGAGUUACGGAUGACGAGAAAUUCCCUUUUUUGUACAGCAAAUGA